AUGCGGCCCCAGCCCAACCACCUGACCCUCCAGAAGAACCAGCAGCCCCCAGUGAAGAACCUGAUCACCCUAACGUACGGCACUCCCAGCGAGCUAAUUUCGAGUUACCCCCGGCCAGAGGACAACAAUGCAGAAAUACUACUCCUGAUCUGGCAUUACAGUGUAAGAUCACCUCGUGAUUGCUGGGAAAGCUUUCGGAUCCGUGGGUGUACAAUCACUGGAGACAGGAGCAUGUACAACAAGGCUGAUGCUGUGAUCAUGCGGCACCGGGCUGUAAUCACUGCUAAAGAAGCUCCGUUGCCUCCAGAACCACGACCACCUGCGCAAAAGUGGAUAUGGUUCGACAUGGAGUCUCCCACAAAAGCUCUGUCACUGGGGCAAUUUGAAGGUAUUUACAACCUCACACUGAACUACCGAGAGGAUGCUGAUAUUUUUCUGCCUUAUGGGUAUUUAAUCCCAAAUGUGUUAUUAAAUAAAGUUCCUCAGGCCCAUUUUGCACAUCCGCUCAACUCCUCCUCGGAUCCUCGUCCUGGCUUUGUGGCCUGGGUGGUCAGCCACUGGGAAGAUCGUUUGGAGCGUGUGGACUUCUACAACCAUCUUAAACAGUUCAUUAAAAUCGAUAUUUUUGGGCGUGCAGGGACCAGCAUCUUACCAAAAGGCAAGGACAAUGUGGUUCAAAUGAUCAGACAGUACCGGUUCUACCUGUCCUUCGAGAACUCUCAGCACACCGACUACAUCACAGAGAAGCUGUGGAAUGCGGUCAAUGGCGGCGCCAUCCCGGUGGUCCUGGGUCCGUCCAGGAAGAACUACGAGCGCUUCCUGCCCCCCGAGGCCUUCAUCCACGUUGAUGACUUCCCCACAGUGCAGGAGCUGGCCCAGUACCUGCGGAAGGUGAAGGACAGUCCAUCUCUGAUCCAGAUGCACCUCAGCUGGAGGAAAGACUACAGUGUGUACAUGACGUUCUUGUGGGGUGAAUUCUAUUGCAGAGCCUGCCAGGUGGUGAGGAUGAGGAAAGGCAAGAUUGAUGUGGUCAAAAACCUUACAGCAUGGUUUUAUCCAUGA